GCUCGGGGCUCCUUCCUCCACUCAUAACUGUCUCUCUUGUGAACCUUCAUCGCUCAAACAAAACUGAACAGUAGGCCCGGUGCGGCGACGAAGGCUGGGAUGUCGACUAUCGCCUCUCCGCGCCCAUCCAUCAGCGCGUCGUCCCGCCGCACGUCGACCUCUACCGACGCGGACACCCGCUCUUCCUCUACUUCACGCCUUCCAGCAUCAGCGAACAACAACCUGCGCCGUAAUCGCGCGGCGCUCCGCGACUACUACGGCUUGAAGAAUGCUGCCCCCGCAGAUGCUCGCGACACGCCUUCUCCUGUAAUCCAUGAAGUCCCACCGGAGAGUGAGCUCGACAAGCCAGGCUUUGACGCGGACGCCUACGUCCAGUCUCUGCUUAGCAGAGAAGGGUUGGAAGGCGUACUCAAAGUGGAGGCGGGUCUAGUGGGCGAGAUCAGAAGUUUGGAUGGUGAGAAGAAGGCGCUGGUAUACGAUAACUACAGCAAGCUGAUCACGGCAACGGACACAAUUCGCCGCAUGCGUGAAAAGAUGGACCCGCUGACGCAGACAAGCACGCUGGUUAACGACAUAGGUCGCAUUGCGGGCACAGCGGCACAACUAUCGGCGGACUUGCGGAGGAGUCAUGGUGGUCGAGAGGGAGAUCAGAACGACGAUGUCGCUCGCGCUCCGAAGAAGAAGCUCCACCAGCAACAGACGGUACGAUGGGUGGUGGGAGCACCUCAACGGUUAGAACAGCUUGUGUUAGAUGGCCAUCGGAACGAGGCCGAACGGCAGUGGAAAGAGGUUUCUGAGCUGCUUGACAAGUGGCAAGGCAUAUCAGGCGUGUACGAAGUUCGCCAGGCUUGUCGCUCCGCCAUUGAUCACAUUGCUGGAACUUGAGCAUAAUCUUCGAUUGACCAGAUGUUUGUGAACAUCUCGUUCGCACCAAUACACAGCCCUUGUCGUGAGAUGACGAAUGCACUUACCAGGUCUGAGCUCGCCACCCCACCAAACCAGGCUUGAGGAAGGCACGACUACCCUCCGUAGCCCGGACCGGUGGUCCCAAAGCACGACCAUGACGCGAGCAGGACAGUGGCUCCACACUUCAACCUGCACUUCUCUGCACUCGUCCACUUCCACAGUCUCGUGACUUCAAGCGAGUGUUUUGGCAAGCGACGAGAUGGCUGCGUUUGGCGAUUGGCAAGAGGUCUUGCGCAAAACUGACAUCGAUACUGCGCGCCUCAUUAUUGAUCUCCAGCUACAGGAGCUUGAUGCACGUCCCGC